GAUCCACUACCGUCGAUGAGGACAUCCGCCUGUCCUCCAUCAUUGACUCACGGGGCUUUAAACAUUUUUGGCCGAAGAGGAGCGCAAUAAGACUUAUUUCAAUGAUCAUUUAGUGCACCGUGUUCUCUAAGAGGUUGAUACGAUGGAAAACUCCACUGAGGAAUACAAGAUCCAAUCAUUUGAUUUGGACACUCAGAUGUUACUAAAAACAGCCUUGAAAGAUCCCAGUUCUGUCAACCUGGAAAAAGUUUCGAAUAUUAUUGUGGACCAGUCUAUGAAGGAUCAGGUGUUUAGCAAAGAAGCAGGACGCAUCUGUUACACUAUAGUGCAGGCAGAGUCAAAGCAGAACAAUGGGAAUUUUCGAAGGAAUCUUCUGAAUCGACUCCAACAAGAGUUCAAGGAUAGAGAAGAAACAAGAAAGCGCUCAGUUCAAGAAUGGGUGUGCUAUGUCACUUUCAUCUGCAACAUAUUUGACUACCUCAAAGUAAACAACAUGCCAAUGGUGGCCCUGGUGCAUCCAGUGUAUGAUUGCCUAAUGAGGCUGGCCCAACCUGAUGCUCUGAUGAAUGAGGCAGAGGUGGACUGCCUGGUUUUGCAGCUACACCGAAUUGGGGAACAGUUAGAGAAAAUGAACAGUCAGCGCAUGGAUGAUCUAUUUUAUCUGCUACGUGACGGGUUUCUGCUCCAGGAGGGGCUCACAUCCAUGGCCCGCCUGUUGUUGUUGGAGAUUCUGGAGUUCAGAGCUGGAGGUUGGUUGCUCAGUAGUACUGCUCAUAAAUACUACUACAGUGAAAUCUAACUUCGAUGAAGGACUUCUUUUCCAACAUGUGUAACACUUUGACCUGGCUAAUGAUUGUAAAACCAGUGAUAUUCACCAGCCAACAUGAUCAAGGAAGUGUUUCAAAGAUUUCUGUUUAGUUUGAGAUCAAUGUAUUAGGACCAGUAGUUUUUCUAGUUUUUGUUGUUUGUUUGUUUUUUACCAAAACAUGGUGCUGUGGAUGUGGAAGGUAUAAAUAGAUUUUCCCCACAGAUAGACUUUGUUUUUAUUGUUAAGCUUUAAGUUUUGAUUGCAGUGAAAAACAAAUUUCUUUACAAAAGGUGGUUCUUUUAUAUAGCAUUAAAAUUGUUUAGAACAUUUACCAGAUUUUUGCCUCUUUCAAUGGUUCAAUUCUGAUUAACAUUUGCUUUACUCUCCUAUUCUAUAAUCAAUACAGAAUAGAUUUGUUGUUAUGAUUUGACUAAUUUAUUUACAGUACUGUUUCAUGUUUGACUGCUCAAGAUAUAGGAGAAUAAACAUGACCUGUUUAUAGAAUGUGGCUUUAUAAUUAACUGCAGAAAGAAUUUUGGCAUUUUAUGUUUGGCUACCUUAAUUAAGCUCAGUCUUUAAAGUGGUAAUUAUUAAUUUGAGCAAAAAAUAAAAUUGCCAAGUUAUUUGUCUAUUUUGACAAUCUUCAAUUUGAUAUACAAAAAGAGUCAAGUUUUUUGUUCAACAUUUACUUUCAAGUAGGACUCCAGUGGUGGCUAUGUUAUGUUUACAAAGUGUAUUUAUGAAAAUGUGAUUUUUUUUUUUUUUUUAAUCAUUGAUUUAGUUGUGUAUAUUUUAUGUUUGUUUGUAAUAAAUCUAUUUUCCCC